CCGUCAUGAAGCUACUGCUGUUGUGGGCGAUUGUUGCCAUCAGUUGGCCGCUUAUAGAGGGUGCCAGAAGAAGGACGAGGAACAGUGCCUGUCUGGUAAGGAACAAGUAUGCCCACGAAAGCUCCUGUAGGUCCCGGCGUCGGGUCUACUUCACCUUCCAUCGAGUCCUCUUCGACUGCAUAAAGGUGACCACAAACUGCCGGAAGCUCUACAGGAGGAACGAGUUCCACACUCUAGAGGCGUGCAGGGAUGCAUGUCACUACCACAUGGCUAUGCCAGUGCCGCCCAAGCCCGGAAAUGGGACGUCUUCUGCCCCCGGAGCGGAGGGAGGAGUAACUGAAGCUGCACCAGCAGCAGAUGCACCGCCACCUGCGAUAUAGAUUCCUUUGGAACUUGCUUCAGAUAUGUGCAAUGAGUUUUGCAGAAAUUUUAAUUCGGUAUUUUCUGUGUAUUUAUUCUCUGUGUGCACCGCAUUACCAGUUUUGAUUACCCGCGUAUCUACAACUACAUGAUUUGCAAGACUCA